UGGCUGCUGAGGCGCGCCGGGUCUGACUUGAUGCUGAAUUUCGAGUUGAGAACUUCUUGCUUUCACCCGAAACAAGUACCUCGACGGGAAUCACAAUUUUAAGGAUUCUGCGGUUGUCUGCGGCGGCGAAGAGAGGCAUUGUUACCGGGUUGUUUGAGAGUACGAAUCCGUUUGUAUGAAAGGUUUGUGCGAUUUUGCUAAAAUGCAUCAUCAACAGCGAAUGGCUGCCUUAGGGACAGACAAAGAACUGAGCGAUUUACUAGAUUUCAGUGCGAUGAGAAACAGCGAUUUGAAAAUGUUCCCAACAUCAAUGAUGUUUUCCCCCCCUGUAAGCAGUGGAAAAAAUGGACCAACCUCACUUGGAAGUGGAAAUUUCACAGGCACAAGUCAGGAAGACAGAACAAGCUCUGGGUCCUGGUGUAAUGGUAGUCGUCCCAGUCCAUCAAGAAACUAUGCAGAUGGUUCUCAGUAUAACCACAUGGCUAACCGGGACCUUGGCUCACAUGAUAACAUCUCUCCUCCUUAUGUGAAUUCCAGACUAGCAGGUAAAACAGACAGAGGAUCCUAUCCAUAUGGAAGAGACUCCAGCUUGCAAGGUUGCCACCAGCCAAGUCUCCUGGGAGGCGAGAUGGGUUUGGGCAGUCCAGGCGCUCUUUCACCUACAAAACCAGGUUCCCAGUAUUACCAGUAUUCAAGCAAUAACCCCCGAAGGCGAUCACUGCACAGCGAUUCCAUGGAGGUUCAGACAAAAAAGGUUCGGAAAGUGCCUCCUGGGUUACCAUCCUCAGUAUAUGCCCCUUCUGCAAGCACUGCCGAUUAUAACAGGGACUCCCCGGGAUAUCCGACGUCCAAACCACCAACCAGCACCUUUCCUAGCUCUUUUUUCAUGCCAGAUGGUCAUCACAGUACUGAUCCAUGGAGUUCUUCUAGUGGGAUGAACCAGCCGGGCUAUAGUGGAAUGCUAGGAAACUCAUCACAUGUUCCUCAGACCAGCAGCUACUGUGCCCUGCAUCCACACGACCGAUUGAGUUACCCAUCACACACAUCAACAGACAUCAAUUCCAGUCUUCCUCCUAUGUCCAGUUUUCAUCGCAGUGGUUCUAACCAUUACAGCGCCACAUCAUGUACACCACCUGCCAAUGGAACAGAAAGCAUUAUGACAAACCGAUCAGCAAGUGGGACAGCUGGCAGUUCACAAACAGGGGAUGCGUUGGGAAAGGCACUUGCAUCAAUCUACUCUCCAGAUCACACGAACAACAGUUUCUCAUCAAAUCCGUCAACGCCUGUUGGUUCACCUCCUUCUCUCACAGCAUCAGGAACAGCUGUUUGGUCAAGAAAUGGAGGACAAGGACCAUCAUCGCCAAGCUAUGAAGCACCAUUGCACUCUUUGCAAAGUCGUAUUGAAGAUCGCUUGGAAAGGCUGGAUGAUGCCAUUCACGUUCUUCGUAGCCAUGCAGUAGGACCUUCCACUGGAAUGCCCAGUGGUCACAAUGACAUGCACAGUUUAAUAGGACCAUCACACAACGGGGCAAUGAGCAGCCUUGGAUCUAGCUAUGGAACGGGGCUGCUGUCAGCUAAUAGGCAUUCUCUUAUGGUGGGAUCACAUCGUGAAGAUGGAGUUGCAUUACGUGGCAGCCACACAAUUGUGCCAAAUCAAGUGUCUGUGCCACAGCUUCCAGUACAAUCGGCGACAUCACCUGAAUUAAACCAAUCACAGGAUCCUUACAGAGCUCUUACAAGUGGACUUCAGGGACAGAGCACAUCUUCUGUAAGCUUAGAUGUCAAAUCUGAAGAUGAAGGCGAUGAAAAUCUUCAGGAUGCUAAAUCCCUAGAAGACAAGAAAAUGGAAGAGGAUAAGAAGGAUCUCAAGUCAAUUAAUAGGUCAAGUUCUAGCAAUAAUGAUGAUGAGGACCUUUCACCAGAACAGAAAAUAGAGAGGGAAAAAGAACGUCGGAUGGCAAACAAUGCUCGAGAGCGGCUGCGUGUGCGUGACAUCAACGAGGCCUUUAAGGAGCUGGGACGCAUGGUACAGCUGCACCUAAAGAGCGACAAGCCACAAACCAAGCUCCUUAUCCUGCACCAGGCCGUGGCAGUCAUCCUGAGCUUGGAGCAGCAAGUCAGAGAGAGAAAUCUCAAUCCCAAGGCAGCCUGUUUGAAAAGGCGAGAAGAAGAGAAGGGCUCCUCUGAUGCAACCCCUCUAUCCUUGGCAGGCCCUCACCACGGAAUGGGAGAUGCAUCUAACCCCAUGGGACAAAUGUCCAAGUUGCCAGAGUUCAUCAGAAUGAUGAGUGACCACUUCCUUUGACAGUCUCAUUCUUUUAUUCACACAAAAAAAGCCACACUUUUCCUGCCCAUUUUCUUAUGUAAAAUAGAGACAAAUGCAAGUAGCCUAGAAACACGAAACAGGAGGGGUUUUUUUUCUGCAUUCCCAAUAUUAUUAAAGUGCAACUUUGGUGAGCGACUCUCUAAACAUAUCAUUAGGAAUGUUCCAACAAUGUUGCAAGCUGUUCUGCACAGCCCAGAGACUGAAUGGCAAUCUUCUCCACACUGUGGAACAAUGCAUUUGUGCCUGAACUUUUGGAAAAAAAAAAUAUAAUCAAUUUGUAAGUCUUGAGAAAAAAAUAUUUAAUUUAAAAAAUUGUAAAACUUGCAAUAAUGAAAAAGUGUACUUCAAAAUAGUAAAAAGACAACAAAAGUACAAUAUUUGUUGGUGUUCUAGUCAGCUAGUGUUUCUAUUUACUGGAGAAUAAAGAGAAGCAUUGCUGCCCAUAUAGCUACUUAAACCAGCAAAUGUCCUGAUUAUAAAUAUAGCGGUAUCAUUAGCCAUUCCUUUGCAUGGGAAGAGCAGAUGGAUCUUAUGAGCACAGGGGAGAAAGGCAAUAUUUUUUUUCUUUGUUUUUUUUUUUAAUUUUAUUUUUUUUUUUUUUGUUUCUUAUUUGCUGGUUGUUGCUGUCAUACAGUACGAGUAAGAAUCAAGCUGGGUUAAUUGGGUUAAACGCAUUUAUUUUUAGGACUUUUUUAUUGGGGAGGGUAGGCUAUGAAUUUUCAAACUUAAUUUGAUUCAAAGCUUACAUUAUUUAUUUUUUUCCAUACUGUCCACAAGAUCUGCAUUUAUCUUUUUAAGGAAAGCGUUGCAGACAUUGAUGUGGCUAUGGAUGAAUGAAAUUUAUUUUUUGACCUGAUGGUCCACCGUUUUUUUGUUUGUUUUUUUUUUUUUUUUUUUUUUUGUUCCUUUUGUAUUUAUUUUUUUGCCCUCCCACUCUAUCCCAUGCCCAACCCCACCUGAUGCCCAUCCCCACCCUACCCGACCCAGAGAUGCAAUGUUAAGAUGCUACAGUUUUACCAAUGUGCCUUUUAGAGUUAUAUCAUUCAAGGGAAGAAGGAGGAAGAGGAGGCGUAUAUCUAAACUUCUUAGGAUGCAAAGCUUAGGAAACUUGUUAGUCAUUAGGUCUAUGCAGUCAGGUUUUUUUAAAGCCUGGAAAAAAAAGUAUUUUUUGGAUAAACUGUAUUUAAUGUACUGUAUGCUUAUAUGUAAUUAGAAGACAUGUUCCUGAAUGACCCUAUUUGAAAAACUGACCCUAAGGUGCAGCCCAAUUUCCUACAUAGUGGUAUACAUGUCUAUAAAUGAGCAUUGUAAAUUUGUUUUAAGAUUCAGUAAAGGCUUUUGACAAAGCCACAGUAGUCCUCAGUACAGUAUGUGGUUGUAUGUGUCGGUUUGGGUUUAGUAUGUACUGGUUUUACUUGUCAAGGAAACUGUAAAUGCUGCAGCACAGGCGACACCAGUGGUAUAUACUGUUUCAAAAAAUCCCAUCAAAAUGAGCACCACAGCUGGACGAACAUGACGUAAACAGUGAGUGCUUUGCUUAUGGAGACACAUGGAAGGUGACUAGUUUUCUUCCAUUUGAUUGGGCAAAAGCACCUCUGUAUGACUUCUGAAAACUGUAGAAGGUGUUGAACAUUUUAACUGCCAUGGAAGCUGAUGAUGCGGCUUUUCAUAGCACGACAUAAAAGUAAACACCUUCAUCCACCAGUGGGAGGCGAAAGACAUCCAUCUGCUCUACUUACUGCCAAUUAGCUGUUUAAUGAAACACAUUUGUAAAUUUUAUGCAACAAAUGCAAACUUAACCAUUAUUUUGAAAUUGUGUAUGUAAAAGUUAUAUUUUUACAUGUAGACUCUUGUUAUUAUGUGUUUAGAAAACGUUGUAUCAGUUUUUGUUAAACAAAAAAAAAAAAGAAUUGAAUUCAGUGUGUGUUGAAAAAUGUGUCACAUUGAAAAUGUAGUGAGAUUCAAGCUUCAAAAACAUUUUUUUUCUUUAUAUUUCUGGGAAUAUUUUUAUUGAGGUGGGGAGGGGAGAGGCAGAACAAAAUAAGGUAUUUAAAAGAAGUAUCAUGCUCCAUGCUCAUCUACAUUGCAGUUAGAUGGGGGAGGGGGUUGUAUAUAGUCAUAUUAAAAAGAACAGGGUUUAUGUGUCUUUUUUUUUUUUUUUUUAUUAAACUGAAGAUUUGUUAACAAAAUGAAACUGGAGGUGGAUCAAUUGCAUUACCUUCUGUGCAAUUCUGUUGGUGACUGGAGCCCAGUGACCCAACGGGGAAUGACUAGCAUUAAUUUCCUGUAAUGCACACGUUUUUAUCCAGCACUGAUGCAGUGCUCUCGGCCCAAGUGACUGAGCACAUCAGGUACAGCUCGAGCAGGUUAUGCUAAUUGAACAAACGUCGCUUUUGUCUCAUGCAGAAGUGAAAUGAACAAGUUGAGCAGAAGCAAGAAAUUGAGAGCAUUCAGAACGAAAGGUGAAAGUUUGUUUUCAAAAGCAAAGUUGUGGCUUUGUACAUCUUUAGGGGAAUUGUGAUUAUACAAAUAAUGGGAUCAUCUUCUUUUGUGGAAAAUUUAUGUUACUCAAAUCAAGUGUGGAAAUGCUGAUGCACAAUCAACCCCAGCAUUUUAAAGGGUUGUAUUUAACAGAAGUGGAUAUCAUUUUAUUUGUUAUCAUUGUGAAACUAAGGUGUAGGUGAAAGCUCUUUUUUUAAAAGCAUUCAGUAUGUUAUUAAGGUCAGCAGUAUAGAGCUUACAUUCAGUAAAUUAGAGAGUAUAAAUGGCAUGUACAGUUUACAAUCAGUGCCUGAGUUUACACCUACACCUUUGAGAUUGCAGGCUUGAAUAAGAAAAUUAUUGAAAUACUUGUCUUGUAAAAAAGAUGGCUGAGAUUUCUAUCCCAACAUGUUCAGUAAAUUCCAAAUUGUGUUUGAAUGUAUCAAAACUCUCAACCCGUUUUGGCUAAUAUCGUAGUGAUCAUUGAGAGUUUUCAUUAGUCUCAUGGCGAUAUUCAGAUGGUUUGCACUGCCCUGAGCCAGGAAGAAAGCAUCCGUUCAGAUGCCUCCGAACAAACGAGAAGCUGUACUGAAACAAAAGUUAACCGCACGCCAUUGGAAAUUAAUUUUUUUCCCAGCAGAAAGGCUGAGGAAUGAAAGCCAGCUGGUCACUUUUUCCUGAGUUGAAGUGAAAGAGGACAAGUGAGAGCAGUGUUUUUAAUCUGUGAUCUGUAUUCACAUUGAGAAUCUGUUUCUUAUCAAACAGACAAUCAAGUUUUGUUCUGGUUUUAAAGUGAAAUUUGAAAUGUCAGCCAUCUUUAAUAUAGAUUCGGACACGUGUCCAUGAAUAUGCUUUACGCAAGCCCCAAACUCCAAGGCCACUUCCUUAGGACUUGAGCGGUGAGGUCACAGCUGUACCUUAUGUGGUCGUCCAAAGAGUAAAGUUCAGUCAGGUGUUGCGUAAACUCUGAUGUCCCGAGGAGAGAUUACCACGGAUAAGUGUUACAAGUAAAGAAUCCGGUUUUCCCUCUCAAUGGUUAUUUUCUUCAGUAUUUGACAAGCCCAAGCUUGUUUCAACGCUUACCACUACUGCCCUAGUGUCACAAUACCACUGGAAGAUUACAGAGACAAGUGCUUUGAAUUAGCAGAUGCUUAACCUGAGGGUAGUCAUAGCAAUGGAGCACACUGAAUUUGUUUUCAUUGUUGGCAGCACUCCAGUGUCGAGUUUCUUUCCUUUAAUAUAAAAGCCACAAGGCUUAGAUGAAAUUGAAAAAUAUGUUCAUUAAAAGGAAAGGUUCAUUUUUUUUCUUCAUAUUCUCAUCUUUUUUUUUUUUUUUCUGUUACACGUACAUUAAAAACAAAUUGAAGUUUUAUCUGUGACUUGAUUUGCAUUACGCUCGACGUUAUCAUCUAGCAGGGGUGAUAAUUGUCACAUAUCAAUUCAUCGUGGAAAUAGUUUUCUGUUAGUUUAAUUUCUGUAGCGUAUUUAUUCUGAAGAAUGUAAGGUUGCCCAUGUGAAUGCUAUGUUAAGAAAAAUGUGUUGGUCGUUCAACAUAAAUGACCAAGAAAUUGUUUCUUUCCAUUCAUUUAAAACCGUGGAUGCCAAAUUAAGCAAAAAAAUUCAGUCACAAUCGACAAUAUCCGGUCCUUAUAAAUUAAUGUUAAGUUCAUCGUAAUAAUAAAAAGUUGGGUUUUUUUGUUUUAUUUUUUCAUUAAGAAGGAAAGGAGAACAAAUCAGUAACGUAAUUUAUUAUUAAUCCUGAAAUGCUAUGCAUCUACCUAAUUAAUUAUUUUACGUAACACAAACAGAUCAAAUGUAUCAAUUUUGACUUGUAUGCUGCUAGUAAGUGUCCGUCCAAUCACCAGCAGCUGUUACGGGUUUUAAAAUUUAUUUAUACCUACAACUGAGAGGUAGCUCUCUCAUUCCGUAAAUUGAUCCACCUCCAUCCAAGGCUCGACCAACCUUUCCCAUUUCUUUUGGUCUUGGAAGAGGGGGAUUCCAUUUGUCUUCAGCAUAGCAUCAAUGAACACUAAUGCUUAGAAACUGUCAAACAAAUCAAGGAUGCAAUUUGUAACGAUUCAGUCUUCCGACUUUAUUUAUUUAUUAUUAUUUUUUCUUUAUUUUUCCUUUGUCGUAAAAUUUGAUCUGAGAUCAGAGAGGGCUAAAGAGGCUAAAUUUAAUCAACUAAAUUAUGGACAGACAUUUUUAUUAAAAGUCAAUCAUGGUGAAGCACAAACAUCAAUCCAACUAGCUGACUGGAAGAAACAAAAAAAACGAGUCUAAUGAUUUUCGAUAAAUGAGAAAAUGUACCACAUCUGAUGUGAGGCGCCAAUAUUCCGGCUGGGCCUACCUUUUUUUCCUUUCUUGGGUAGAAGAGGUUUUCUCAUAAUUUUGGAAAUGUUCAUGUUUGUGCAGUGCUGGUUUGACCAUGUUCAUUUCAUUUCAGAGUAUUAUAGACAUAUGUAAUAGUGAAAAUAUAUGAACUGUGGCCUUUUUCAUUCUUGUUACUUGUGAUGCAAUUAAGUGAAGAAAAAAAGCAGAGAUUUACCAUGUAUCAGUGCCUGGCUUUUUGUUAUAAAGCUUCUUUUGUCUAGUGCUCUUUUGCUAUGAAAUAGACUAGUGCACCCUAUUAAAAAAAUCUAAAUUUAAAAUGAAAUAUAUUUGGCUUAUUUUUCGCAGGGGCAAUCCUUUUAUACCAUGAAUAUUGAAAAGAAAAAAAAAAUCAGAUUCUGAAUAUUUCUCUUUGUAGAUUUUUGGAAUCAUUAUGAGUAAAAGUUUGUUACUUUAUUUUAAUAUUUAAAGAUGUUAUUUUACCAUGUGUUGCUGAGACGAAACUGUAUGGUCGUGUUUUCCGUGACAAGUCGCAUGAUGUUAUUGUGCGACUGCAAACAUACCUGCAGCAGUGAAAAAAAAAGAAAAAGAAAAAAACAAAAAAAAAAAACAAAAACAAAAAAAACAAAAAAACAGUUACACUUUGUUUCCAAUGUGUGGCUGAGUGCCUCGACUUUUUUUCCAUGUUUUGGUGUAUUUUUUUUUUUUUUUUUUUUUUUUUUACUUUUAUUUUGUCUUGGUUUUUUGUUCGUAUGUUUGUUUUUUUUAUUAUUAUUAUUAUUAUUAUUAUUAUUAUUAUUAUUAGAAGUGUCCAAAACAGGUUGUGUGCUGGAGUUCUUCUUCAAGCCAGCUCAUUGUAGGCCAUUACCUGUUAUUUUUCAUCUGUAGUUAUACAAUGAAGUCAUGUACAUGACCGUUCUGUAGCAAUAAAUGUGCCAUUUUUAUAACCUA